GCGCUCCUUCAUUGUAUCGAGUAACAUUGGUCGAAACAUAUAAAUUUCUCAAUAGCCAUUUCAAGCAGUCUGUCGUCCAGUCCUUAGCUGUUCAUCACAAAUAUGCAUUUAUUUAGCAAAAGUAUUCUCAUUUUUAGUGUCUUUUUCACCAUCUCUGAGGCAGUCAUCCACGAUCUGCCUUCCUACUUUCCAAGAUGUAAGCGUUACGACCCCAAAUUGAGCGAAUGUUUGCUAAAGGCGACCGAAACCGUCAAACCCUACCUUAUCAAAGGCGUCCCCGAGCUCGGAGUCCCUGCAAUUGAGCCCUACGUCAUCCCUGAAAUAACCCUAGAACAAGGCACUCAAGCCCUAAACUUUAAAGCUUUGCUCAAAAAUGUCGUCGUUAAAGGAUUAGGAAGCUACAAGUUCUCGCAAUUUGACUUUGAUGUUCCAAAUUUGCAAUGGUUCUGUAAGGCUACCAUCGAUAACAUGGACCUGACUGGUGACUAUACUGUUACUGGGAAAAUUCUCUUAGCUCCCAUUGAAGGAAAAGGGAAAUUUGUGGCCGGAAUCGCUAAUUCGAAUAUCACGGCGUAUCAGAAAGUUGAGUAUGUGAAAAAACGAGGAAAGGAUUAUGUUCGUCCUGUUAACACCACUACAACUAUCGAAGUAGGGGGUCCAAAGGUCCAUCUGGAUGGGCUUUUUGACGGAAAUGAGGAACUAAAUAGGGUGACUAAUACCGUAAUUAACGACAACGUUAAUGAGCUAUUUGAGGAUCUGAAACCGGUAAUUCAACAGAUCAUUACGAAUAUUGUAGAGCAGUGGCUGUUUAGAGCUCUGGAGGAUAAUGUGCCCUUUGAUAAGCUGUAUCCAGUAGAUUGGUCACGUACAAUUCGCAAAGACAUAAAUACUGCGUUUGCCAAUCUUUUCGUAUUUUUCGUAAAGAUGUUAUUAUACAAAGCUGCAUUUCUUUUUGUGAUUUGUUCCACUGCAACUUCAAAGCGCUUUCCAUCGUAUAUAAAUAAGUGCUACCGGAACAAUAACACCACCAAAACGUGCUUCACUGAAGCUGUUUACACACUAAGAGCUCAUUUCAAACGCGGAAUACCGGAAUUCAGUUUACCUCCCAUGAAUCCCUUAAUCCUCCCGCAAGUAUUACUCGAAAAUGAAGACAAUUUUAACGCUGAGUUCAAAAAUGUUGAAAUUUUUCACCUCGAUCAGUUGGUCAUCCAAGACAUCGGGUUCAAUUUAAGCAGAAAUGAAUUUGAAACGAAAUUAAUUUUCCCAAAACUGAGAAUCAAGUCGAAUUAUCACGUCAAAGGACGCAUUUUGUUUUUCGAACUUGACGGAAACGGACCAGCUGACGGAAACUUUACUGAUGUUCAAGUUGAAACGAAAUUGCAAGGACGACGGUACCAGAAAGGCAGCAGAGAAUAUAUCAAGUUUUGUAAAAUGGAAGUUAAGGAAUCCGUCUCUAAAGCACAUUUCAGGUUUGAUGGGCUUUUUAAAGGCAAUAUGGAGCUUACAAGACAAAUGAAUCAAAUCGUUAAUGAGAAUGUUGACGAGUUUUUGACUGAACUCCAGCCAGCUAUUCAUGUAGCGAUUGAGCAAACGGUGCUGGCCUUGGUUGGCCGAAUUUUCGACAAAUUUUCAAUACAAGAGCUGUUCUUAGACUAGCUGACUUGUUGAUCAUAAGACAAGUAAUUAUUGUAUAAUAAAGUAAUAUUUCUUUUGGUAA